AUGGGCGUGCUAGAAUCGUACUAUGGUCUUGAACAGCGUGGUGUAAACGUGGUCGUAGUGGAAGCGCAUAUUGGUCGUGGUCAGAGAUUUCGUCCAGAUUUUGACGAUUGUUCAAAAUAUCAUUUAUGCAGCCCACAAAAAGACUGGAUUCUAGAUUGUGCCCCAGGUACUACAUGGAACCAAGACAAGAAUAUAUGCGUUACCAAAGGAUCUAUAGAAGAUACUUGUUCAAAACAAACCUUGCAACAUUACAAAGAGAAGCUUUUGACUGAAAAUGAGGAACUUUCUUAUUCUUAUACCUCUAAACUACUUCAACCGCCUCUGACGUCUCCUUAUAUAUCAUCUUCGAUGGAUAGAUGGUCAGCUAAAUUCUUUUGUCCACCAGGAGAUGUUGGUAGACAUGCUCAUCCAACUAGGUGCGCUCAAUUUUAUGAUUGCGACAAAACAAUGACUGUUGAAUGGUGGGGUCAAAACCUCAGAGAAUGUCCAUACCCUGAAGUCUUCAAUGAGAGCACACACGAAUGCGAUUCAAUUGCAGCUGUACGCUGUAAUUCACGCCAACAACCUAUGGAUCCAUGUGAUUACUUAAAAAACCAAUGUAGAUCAGCACACUGCGUACCAUGUCAUAUUCGGUUUGCUACAUGUCGUGGACUACCAGAUGGGCUGCAUCAGUGGAGAGGUAGAGAGUUAACAUCAUAUUUCAUCGUGUGCCAGAGUCAAAGAGUUACCUUUCAUGGGCGCUGCCAGUCAACGACUCCUGGUCAAUAUAUGAUAUUUAGUCCGAUGUUAAAAACGUGUGUUGAUAUAUCAACAGCUUGGACGGCUAGGAAAUCAAAACAAAAUGUGCAACCUAAAAGUGUCGUUAAUAUAACACAGAAGAUAAGUAUAACAGAAGCUUCAUCAAUGGACAAUUUUGAUAAUGUCACCUUGUUUAAUGUUUCUUCUUCCUUACAACUACCUCAGGAGAUAGAACAACGUCCUUCACUUCAUUUGACAAAUAAAGAACAGCAACAUAAGAUUGUAGAAAAUUUGAUCCAUAUACAAAAACAACAAAUGGAAACAGGAAAUACACAAAGUCAUCACGAAAAGCCUUCAACUUCAGAUGUAUUGUCACAACAAGAUAAUUUCCUGCAUGAUAAUAUCAACAAACUACAAGAACAUACAAAACCACCUGCAACAAAACUUGAACAAAAUGUAACUGAUCCGGUGUUAAGAUUUGCAGAUCAAUUAGAUCCUAUCCCACAGAAUCAACCACAUCAAAAUGCAAGAAUCCCACCUUCGGUUUUGACUAGCCCAACACAGCAGCAAGAAUCUACACCAGUUGAAGGAAAUGUUUAUGCAAAACUGCCUGGAAUAAAAAUUAAUAACUCAGAAAAGACAUUAUUUCCAAUCAUCCCAUUUUCGUCAAUGAUACUAAUAAAGCUUAAGAGUGAAUCUAUGAAUAGAAAUGACAUGCUAGCUAAUCUUACUAAAGGAUAUAGUUCAACGCAAGAUGCUAAUGUCUUACCACCUAAAAGUUUAUUGAUUACUCCAAAUAGUAGCGUAAACUCGUAUAUGAAUCUCACAAAAUAUACACCGGCUCAUGAUAACAGCUUGGUGCCUGUACAAUAUACAACUACUAUAAACAAGAAAACUGGCACAUCAGCAAAUGAUGUUCCCAACAAAAUAGAGCAUACUAAAAUAAGUCCGAUUAUUAUACCAAAUGAGAAUGGUUAUGCAAUCAAUGACCUGAGAAUUAUAACGGCAAAAUCAAAGUCUGUGCAUUCAUCGCCAUUCAUAAAGCAUAUUGAAUCUAGGGUUUCAAAACAGAAUGACGUAACAAUCAGUUAUGAUAAACAGACAGAAAACCAAUUGCCGGCAUCAACAAAGAAAGAAGUUAAAACGAGCUCUCUAAAACAUGUGCAUCCUGCUGUAUUAUCUAGACUUAUGUUAGUAAAUCACAAUAUUGACAAUAAUAAAUCAGAAGGAAUUAAUUCAGUAAAUUUUACAUUUAACGAUACAAUUGAAAGAGGUGUAAAUCCUCAACUGAAGCAACAACAAAAUAUAAACAAAGCUAAAGAGGUCAAUUUUACGUCUGCAUCAAAACAAUUAUUAAUCUUGUUAUCUGGCGAACCGAAAACUAAUAACCAGAGAAUUCCAAACUUAAAGGUCUUCACUAUCACAAAAAGAUUAGAUUUAAACAACAUUACGAUGGGCAAACCAAUUCACGUGUCUUCAAAUAGUCAACCUUUGAAUGUUAAAAGAAACAGGUUAUCAUUAAACCAAGCUAAAAUUGAGCAAAGUACUAUUGAAUCAAAUAAUAAUCAUGCAACUAACCAGAAUGGCAUCUCAUCAGCUAGACAUGAUACCACUCAACAUAGUAAUAAAACAUCAAACCGUCAGCCUGUAGUUGGGAAGAAAAAUAUAACUCUAUAUGAUAAAGACGUAGUCAAUGUGAGUAACAUUUCAGUGGUUUUUAAAGCUAUUAAUAUCCACAAUAAGAUGUCUUUAAGAAUAGAUGAUCAGCACAUAAAUGAAAAUUCUUCAACAAAUACUAGUAGACAAAAUACAGAUGAACAGGACAUGUUGUCCAAAAAUCAAUCAACUGUCAAACCAAGUGAUCUCCCAUUAAAUGUUCCAGCUUUGGUCAAUCAAAGCAAUAUUCAACCAGAUAAAAAUGAUUGGACACUAAAGCCGAAGGUUUUUUUCGCGGAUAAAACCCGAAAAACAGGACGUGUUUUCCAGACAUCUCCGGAUGUCCCAAGCCAGAAGUACUUAUCAAAUAAACAUGUUUCGGACUUUGAAAAUAUGGUGUCACGAUCACAAAACAUUGCGAUUGAUAGCGCUCCAUAUAUAGCAGAAGCUCAUAAUGGAAGACAAAAUGAAAUGCUAAGGCAGAAUAAACUUUUACUGAGAGGUACAAAUCAAAAUCAGCAUAAUUAUAUGAGUGAAAAAUUCACAAGGCCAGAAUUAUCUACGGACAAGACAAAAUAUUUAAACAGACACAAAAAACUGAGAUUACCUGUUCAGCUCCAUCCCGGUAAACAUUUAAAGGGUACCCAAAAGGCAGUGAGUGAAAUAUAUUAUCAAAACGCAUUAUCUACACAUGAAGUUCCAAAUGCAAUUAAACAGAUCUACAGUAGAAAAGGUCAUAGAUAUUCUGACUUGAUUCAAAGACUCAGUUUUCUUUCAACCAGUGGUCGUGAUAGGAUGACUGACGUUUCUAGUUCGCCAUCAAACCCCAAAAAAAUUAAAUCAAAAUCAUCAAGAAGAAAGCUUCAAGUACAAGGACAACCGCGGCCGGUGACAAUUAUAGGUACACACUUUUAGGCCGUGUAAAGUAUUAUCUUGAUUUGAAACAGUUUUAACGCUUUUUGAAAUCCGUUGUCAACAUUUCUUUCAUCCUACUUGAGAAUGUUGUUCAUACAAUGGUGUUUUUUUUAGAUUAAACAUGUCUAACGUUA